AUGGACCAAGUCUUCUAUGUGAAGCUGGUGAACUUCAUGCUUAGGUGGCGCCAACUUGGGAGUGAAGAAGACCAACCUGACAAAGCAGAGCAGCUGGAGAGCAUGAGGGAGUGCUUCAGGUCCAUCCUUGGGAAAUCGGGAGUCCACCGUUUGACGUUGAUUUUGGCAGAAUGUUGGUGCGUCCUUACUUCCUGCAAAUUGUUUGAAGAUUGCUGUCCUGCUGAAGCCUCACAAAUCCCUAUUUCAUCGGCUGCGCCAGCUCCAGUGGCUGGCGACCUGCAUGUGAUUGGUUGGCUACCUCAUGCGAGCAUCCUUGAAGAAGAGCUAUGUGGUGCAAUGGACUUGGUUGAAUCUUUGCAGCAAUAUGCUGAGCUGGAGGGGGAGAUUGGCAUUGGCCAGUGGCUGGCGGACUUGAGGUUUGCGUUUUUGGACGAGGCUGGCAACAAUGGGCUACAGGCGCAUUUGCAACCGCCAGCCAACAUGAAUUGGAAGACAGCCCCCAAUCCUGCGUGGUUGUGCCGCCUCAGCAAUUUGUGGCGCAAGUACCUUGCCUUGGCACCCAACGCGGUGAUUCCAUCCAAGAAGCACAGGCUUGCUUUAGAGAAGUUACAAGAGAGGAGAUCUGGUGUGAACACAGGAAAGAAGAACCAACAGGACUUUGCAGAAGCGUGCGAUGAAUGGAUUCGGAUCGGCUUAUCCCACCUGCGGUUUUUGAAGCAGAGUGACAUCAAUAGAAGCCGCUGCUUCCGCAAGUGUGACCCAGAUGAAAUUGCAACCCUUGAAACGGUUUUGGGGCUCAUUACUGAGAUCGAUGGUGAAACCGAUGACAGCCAACAGAGCCAAGGAAGCCCUCCUCCAGCUGCAGCAGACCCAUCCAAGCAGCUGGCCUUGGUUCCACAAUCAAGGCCUGUUGCAGCUGCAGAGCCGGCCGCAGCUGGGAAGAAAGAUCCAUUGGCCAUCUUCGCUGCAGUGAACUCUCGACCAAGUUUUGUUGAAGGGGGCGUUCAACCUCAAAAAAACAAAUCACCAGUGAAAGGCUUGCCUGAAAGCAACGUGCAGUUUGGAGGCUUCCUUGCUGGGCUGAUGAGCAUCGGGGUUGUGGAUUCCAAAACUCUAGAGGUCUUGCAUGCCCAGGAGCCACUCAACAAAGGCAAGGGUGGCCAGAAGGGACAGGAAGCCAAGGAAUCCAAGGAGAAGGGCCAAGCAAAGCUCAAAAAGUUGAAAUGCAAGUCGAAGAAACGCGAUGAGGGAGACACUGGGGAGCACUACCCUGACACUCCAGAGGGUUUCGACCCAACCAUCGACCGGGCCAAGAACAGGAAGAGGUGGACCAGCCGCUAUUACCACUAUGCCUACGACGAAGCUUGGCGCCAAUGGAAGAGUCGCCAGGAGUGCCUCGCAGCUGCCAGGGAAGGCAGCAAGGCCGCCAGUGAGGAGUUUGAACGCUUGUGGCCCACCGCCGCAACGAAGUCGGUGAAGCAAACAAGUGGAAAGAAGGAGGCGCCCAAGGCAAAGAAAGUGAAGAAAUCGGAAGAGAACAUCACCCCGCCCAAGGAGGGCGCAAGCCGGGCAAUAGACGUGGAUUGA